AUGGAGCAAUUCCUCCGCGACUGGAGACAAGAUGCCCUGAACAAGGCCCAGUACGAAUCUGCCAUCUUUGUCGGCGACAAGCUACUGGCCAUAACAGGUGACGACAAGGACGCUUUCUGGCUGGCCCAGGUCCAUUUCGCCUCGGGCAGCUAUACUCGUGCUCAAGCUCUGCUCUCAAAGUCCGACCUCGUAUCCCGCAAUCCCUCAUGCCGUUACCUCUCUGCACACUGCUUGAUCAAGCAAGGCCAGUAUGAUGAAGCCCUCAACGUCCUUGGCGAUCGCAACCCUACCCACCUGAUUCCGACCGCGUCCAACAAGAGAAGGGCACGUGGUGCCGAUGCCGCCGCGAGGUCAAAACAGCCCUCAACGGGAUUUUCCCGGAGUGCCGCCAACACGACAGGCGCAAAGUCUUCACUGUCCCUGGACAGACAGCACCAGCGGGACGAUGAGGCGGCAGCCGCAGCGGAGGAGGAGGGCGCACUUGUGCGCCGCUACGAGGCCGGCAUGUGUUACCUGCGAGGACUCUGCUUCGCCAAGCAGAACGCCUUCGACCGCGCCAAGGAGUGUUACAAGGACGCUGUCCGCAUCGACGUCCAGUGCUUUGAGGCCUUCCAGCAGCUGACCAAGAACCAUCUCAUGUCGCCCGACGAGGAGUGGCAGUUUCUCGAGUCGCUGGGCUUUGACUCGAUCCGCGUUAGCACCCCAGGAGGGGAAGGCGACGAUGAUGCCUCGGCCGAGGCUGCAACCUUUACCAAGAUGCUCUAUAGCACGCGCAUCUCCAAGUACAGAAAUCCGGACGCUUUCCAGACGGCCGCCGAGUCGCUGUCAAGCCACUACGGCCUCGCCAACAACCCGGACCUGCUUCUAGCGCGCGCGGAUCUCCUCUACACUCAGUGCCGAUACAAGGACGCCCUGGGCAUCACGGGGAGCAUCCUCGACGCUGACAAGUACAAUUUUGCCGUCUACCCGCUCCACCUGGCGUGCCUACACGAGCUACGCAUGACAAAUGUCCUCUUCCUCGUCGCGCACGACCUGGCCGACCAUCAUCCCGAGGAGCCCUGCACCUGGCUCGCGGUCGGCAUCUACUACUUCAGCAUCGGCCGCGUGGCCGAGGCUCGCCGCUACUUCAGCAAAGCCAGCAUGAUGGACGCACACUUUGGCCCGGCCUGGAUAGGGUUCGCGCACACGUUUGCCGCAGAGGGUGAGCACGACCAGGCCAUAUCGGCCUACAGCACCGCCGCGAGGCUCUUCACCGGCACGCACCUGCCUCAGGUCUUCCUGGGAAUGCAGAACCACGCCAUGAACAACAUGACGGUGGCCGAGGAGUUUCUCAAGACUGCCUACGGCCUGUGCCGCGAAGACCCGCUUCUUCUCAAUGAGAUGGGCGUCGUAUUUUACCACCAGGACCGCCUCAAGGACGCCGCCGCCAUGUUCCGCCGCGCCCUCGACGUGGCCGAGGCCAACGACGGCGACCCUCAAGCAUGGCUAUCGGCUCGAACCAACCUGGCCCACGCACUGCGCCGCCAGCGUCACUUCAACCAGGCCCUCGACCAGUUCGACGAAGUCUUGCGUCUGGGCGGCAAGGACCCGGCCAUAUUCUGCGCAAAGGGCUUGAUCCACCUCGACCAGGGCCGGCCCGGGGAUGCCGUCGUUGUCCUGCACGAGGCGCUCGCCAUUAGCCCGCAGGACCCCAUCGCCACCGAGCUGCUCAACAAGGCCCUCGAGGACACGGCCGGGGCGAGCCUCUUCGGCGGGGAAGACGGGGACGAUGACGACGACGCCCUCGGCGCCACGGGGCCAGACAUAGCUGCUUUUGAACGGGGCCUCGUAGAGCGUGACCGCGCUUUGCGGGAGCAGAGGAAAGCGAGGGCGGCGGCCGCCGCUGUGGCUGGGGCGUCAGGGAGGCCGACGCGGGACAAGGGCAAAGGGAAGGAGAGGGCGGGGACGAGGCACCGGAGGAGGGAGAGUCUGAUGGAUAUGAGCGACAUCGAAUAA